AUGGCAAACAUUGACUACAAGUUAAACUAUAAAUUCAAGGAAGUGCAAGGAGACCUGGUUGUAGAAAAUAUAGAAAGUAAAAUCAUUUUUAAGGUACUUCUUCGCUAUCCUCCACGUUAUUGGAAACACGACCCAAUUUCAACGCAUGAAACAGCAUUCAAAAAGCAAAGAGAAGAUUGGGAAAGAAUUACAACUAUACCUUUAACCAAGACAAAUGGUCCGAAACCAAGAUUAAAGGAACCUAUAUUGCCCGUGGUCCGGCCCAAUACUGCCAAGAUUGGUGUCUGGACAGUACUGCGUAUCACCUUUAAUCCUUUGCCUAGAAAUAUCACGGUCUUUGAAAGAGAGCUUGGAAUGGCCGUCGACUUCAACCUGGUGCCUAGAGAUUCAAGCAAGAUGAAACCUACGAUCAAGGUAACAGAGACUUCUCGACUUCCGUUUCCUCUUACAUAUCUUGAUCAAGUAAAGUAUAAUUUUGAAUCUGAUCUUCUCUAUCUACUGGAAUCUGUCAUUUCAUAUCAUUAUAUUGAUGAAUAUAAUAUGGACGGUAACUUUCAUUCAACGAUCAAAGCCUUGGGUUCCUCUGUUGUCCAUGAAAUACUAGUACCAUGCUAUUAA